GUGAACUGCCCGUGUUCGUUCCAGCUGAGAGGACAGCCGUCGCGCGGCCCAAACUCAAGACCGUGCCCGUGACUAUAUGUGUGUGUCGGAUGCAAAAAAGUACAGAGAAACAGGAAGGACCCCCCUCCUCCUCCUCCUCCUCCUCCUCCUCCCGACACACUGGAGAGCGCGACAGGAUAGAAGGUAAAGAGUAAUACAACUUGUCAUCUGACCAAUAGGACCGGAGAAGCACGGCUCUCUCCGCUGCGUUUUCUCUUUACGCGUUGUUUUCAUUUGGUGUUUUGGACACGGACGUUGUUUUCUUUGCUAUGUAUUUUUUUUUCGGUGUCGUAUCCAACAGUCGACAUUUAACCGGUGAUAUUUUCUUAAACUUUUAGAAUUGUCGCUCAGCCUACGGAUUACGAUUUGGGCUGUAGGUUUUUAUGGACUCGUUGUACGACAAUUCAGACUUAUUUUCUCAAACACUGAUCCACUGAAAAGGAAGGCUUAUCUGCAGAGAGGAAGAUAUUGCAUCCGAACUUUAUGGAAAAGGCUGCUCGCAUGAAAAUGAUUCUUCAUGGGAUUGAGCAAACAUAAAAGCCCAUAAGGAAAAAGGUGUUCCAGAGCGGUUUUCUUGAUCUCCUUUCCCGACCAAGUUUUCGUUGCACGGCUCCAUCUGGUCAAGGAUGUCCAGGCAGCUCUCUCAGCUCCUGACCCCCGACCUCCCGGCUGGCGCCAACACGCAGUUCAGCGGCUGCCCUCCGCCUGGAGCCUCACUCUCCGGGGGCCACCAGAGCUCCAUGGCCGGGCUGAAAUCCCUCCUGCAGCACCCAACGAAGGGGGACCAGCGUGUGAAAACGACGCCUGAAGUGAAAGCCGACAAAGACCGACCCUCAGAGCAGGAGGAGGACUCCCAGGGAACCUGUGCCAUGAGGAACAGCACCGCAAUCAGCAGCUCCAACAGAGGUGGUGGAGGUGGUGGAGGUGCAGCCGGAGGUGCAGGAGGAGGAGGCUUCAACCAGAUCCUGGGGUCUCUGCUGUGGGACCGCAGCCUGCCAGCUGACGGGGGUCUUUUCCAGCUGCAGUACAUGGACUUAGAGGAGUUCCUCACCGACAACGGCAUGGGCAACAUUCCCAACAGCAACAACAACAACAACAGCUCCAGCACGGCCCAGGUCCCCUCGCAGACCUCGCCGUCGGCCGUGCCCAACCAGAGCUCCCAGUGCCCGCCCUCCUCGCCGCCCCCCUGCUCCUCGGCCUCCUCCACGUCCUCGUCCCCCUCGCUCAUCGGCCUGGAGGUGGCGCAGCCGCAAGGCAUGCUGGGAGGAUCAGAGUGUCUGCACGGUAGCCAAACGAGCAUGAACGACUCCUGCGAGUCCCCCUGCUCGUCGUCGUCGUCCUCCUGCCCCCCACUGCUCACACCCACUGGCACCGGGCCGGAGGGGAUGGGCAUGUUCGACAUGGACCCCUCAGACAUGGCGCUGUCCAGCAUUCCCGGCCAGGACAACUUCGACCCCCGGAGACACCGCUUCAGUGAAGAUGAGCUCAAACCGCAGCCCAUGAUCAAGAAGGCCCGCAAGAUGCUGGUGCCAGAGGACCUGAAGGACGAGAAGUACUGGUCCCGGCGCUGUAAAAACAACGAGGCGGCCAAGCGCUCCCGCGACGCCCGCAGGCUGAAGGAGAACCAGAUCUCGGUGCGCGCCGCCUACCUGGAGCGCGAGAACGCCGCGCUGCGACAGGAAGUGGCCGAGAUGAGGAAAGAACUUGGCCGCUGCCGCAACAUCCUUAGCAAAUACGAGAACCACCUGGCCGACCCGUGAUGCUGGAGGCUGGAGGAGGGCCAGGGGUCCGAGAGAGAGAGAUGGAGGGGCAGGAGAAGAGGAGGAGGAGGAGGAGGACAGAGGAGAGGAUUAACACGGACAGAUUUUGAAGACUCUCACUUUUUAGGCUUGCAAUACGGACAGAACGGAGGGAAGGAGACGCCGAUAAUGAUGUCCGUCGUGACGUUGAUGAUGAUGAUGACGACGAUGAUGAUGAAUGUAUGUUCAAGAUGGUUUAUAUAUUGAAGCUCAGGUGUCUCGGAAAGAUGUAACUAUUGUGGGUUUUUGUUAAUGGAGAAUUGUAUAUUUUUAUAAUACUGGAGUAAACACAAUUUAGAGGGAGAGCAAAUUUGGAGAAUAAUUUUUGUAUAUUUUCUACAUGACUUGGAUAUUAGAGACAUGGAACACACUCAGAGGUAUCUGCAGGCUGGAUGAGUCAGGAGGCGGGGCUUAACACAUGGUCGACCAAUAGCCAGUUAUUAUUAGAUGCAAUGGAAGUGGUGGCGCGGUCAGUGUUGGUAUCUUCAGUUGUAAAAUAGAACAUGAUCUUUAAAGAUGUAUAGUUAAACCUUUUAUGUGGAUAUUACUCAUGCACCUACCUUUUUAUUAAUUGAUGGUUAUUAUGUCAUCGGGAGAGACUCAACCAAAUGUGGAUGUCACUAUGUACACAUUCUGCUCCUAAGUAUUCAUAGCUCACUGUUCUCUAGAACCUUCCAGAUACCAACCAAUACCGAUGGCGUAUUUUAUAAUAGACAGGGUGUGUUGUAUAUUGUACAACUUAUUUGUCCCUGUUUCAAUGUAUUAGUCCUGCUACCACCAUAGAUUGUAUUUUUAGGAUUGCUACAUGGGUGCCCCACCAAUGUUGUCACUCUGGAUCUUUGCAUGGCUUUCUCUAUGAAAAAGAGAUGCAAAGAUGUGUGUAGGAAAUCAUCUAACCUGAUUACUAAACCCCAAGCUCCUUCAGGAGUUCUUACACAGGCGCCCAUGUCGUCAGUCUCUCUCGGUCUCCUCAGCCAAACCCCUUCAUUUCCACUAAGCUUUCCACACGUGCAGAACGCUAAGCCCUCCUGCCCACCUACCUUUUUUCCCUGUGCCUCAUUCGCAGAUACUGCAUAACAUAGAUCUAGUGUUGUAACAUAUUCUCAAACAGUCCAUCAAUCUCCCAUAGAAGCGCACAUCGAUUUACUGUAGUGUCUAAUGAAAAAGUAUUUCUAUAUAUAUUUUUGGCUUCAAGAUUAAAUGGUGUCUUUAUUGAGCGGGGGAGGGGGGGUAUUUGAUAAUGAUGUUGAUGGGGGUCUAUGAGAAGUGUGAAUGUGGUGAGAGAUGAGUACAUGAAUAGAAAUGUAAUUUAAUUCCAGAAAAUGGGGUAUCUUUUCUAAAUCCUAUCGAUUGGAAUGGUGUUAAUUUCUCAGAUUUCUGGGAUGAACGUAAGCCAAAAUUUCCUAUGUUGAUAUACAGCGCUUUGUUAAUACUUCUCUUGCUUUUCCUCUUCAGUAAUACAUCCCUUUGCUGUUGACCGUGUUUAAUGAGAUUCUCUGUGUAACUCGCAUCACCUACACAAAGGCAUGGUACACUACAUAUUAUAAUGUUUAUUUUCUUGGAAGAGCAGAAGCUCUGUCAAACCAGUGAUAGAAUGUGCUUUUUAUCCCUUAAUGGCCAUGUCGAAUUGCUCCCCAUUACUACUUAUAUUAUCCUUGCUAUGAUUACGAUUGUUACUCCUCUCCCCUCUUAAUGUCCUCUUAUAAGUUUUGAAGAUUUUUCUUUCCCUCCUCGAUGGUCUCUGAUCGUCUGUUGCAAUUCAAACACCUUUGAUUUGAGUAGUGAUGCGGACCACAGACUGAAUGGAACCCCCUCUCUCCCGAUGGCAAAUAUCUAGCGUCGUGUGACCAUGUUCCCUGGUCCCGUGGGCCUCACACACACGGCAAACGUCCCACCCUCCACGGGGUGCCGCCAUCUUGGUAUCUUUGUUGACCAUGGAUUCCAGAGACAUUUAAAACAAAAACACUGCUUGAUUUAACACAGCCCAGGAAAUGACUCGGCACGGACUUAAUUUACCUUUUGACGUGACAUUUAUUUCCUUUGUUCUCUAUAGCGUGUGUGUAUGGACUCUGCACACGUUACAUAUGUCCCCCCUAUGGUUUUCCCUUCAACCUAUCUUGACCUCAGUCCGGUGGUAGUCGUCCACUCUCCUGACAGGAUCCCCCAUGAUUUGUGAUUCCUCUCAGCGGUGGUUGAUAAGUCUCAUAGUGACUCUAAUUGAACUCCCCUGCUGCGUCGCUGGUGUCCCUGGGGCCCAGACGAUUCAGCGCUGGUGUCUUUGGAUAUAGUUGAGAAUUUCCCGAAAAAUUCAAAUAAAAAAAAGUGUAUUCUAACUCAAUGCUUCUGGUUUUGA